UACUUCCACUAGGAGCCGCUGGCCGGUGGCUAACCGCGCUACAAGCUAAUAAGCUCGUUUAUUCAUUUGUGGAGAUCCGGGAUGAUCCGACGCUGCUGGAGAUGCCUCGGACGGUAAAGGGGGAAAGUUUCUACGCUCGGAUGAAGUUCUUGGAUACGCUUUGCGACACGCUGGAGUAAAUGAAGACAAGUUCUGGACGGCUCGGACGAGGAGGUUGUUCGGCUCCGAAGCUCACAAGUUUAGACAGCUAAUGCUACUCCGACGUUUGCUAACGUUAGCGCCGUAGCGUUAGCCUAGCCUAGCCUAGCCUGCUAGGUAAAUAUUACGGCUGCCUUUCCUUUCCUACUUCUUCAUCCACGCUGCCAACAUCGGGACUUUGCCAUUAGUGGAUAUUUUGUUUCGUGUUGAAUAUAAAAGUAGAGCGUCGCUCUUACAAGAUGGGUGGACUUUGGUUACGUUACACACAAAGCUAACGGGCUAUGGUUAGCCUGUUCGUACGCUAGCUGACAUUAGCUAACGUUGCCGAGCCAGCGGGCAACUUCGCCGAGUUUCGGAGAGCUAACCACGACAGUAAUUGUCGCCCACGACCAACCUCCGCUGCCAAAAGCAGUCAGCCUGCAGUCAUGUUUGAAAUGGAGACACACAUAUCGUGCCUUUUCCCGGAGAUCCUGGCCAUUAUAUUCAGUUAUCUGGACGUUAAAGACAAAGGGAGAGUCGCCCAAGUGUGCGCGGCCUGGAGAGACGCGUCCUACCACAAGUCUGUGUGGAGGGGGGUGGAAGCCAAGCUCCAUCUGCGGCGAGCCAACCCGUCUCUGUUCCCCAGUCUGCAGACCAGGGGCAUCAAAAAAGUUCAGAUUCUCAGCCUGAGGAGAAGUCUGAGCUACGUGAUCCAAGGGAUGCCGCACAUCGAAAGCCUUAACCUGUGUGGGUGUUUCAACCUCACAGACAACGGACUGGGACAUGCCUUUGUGCAGGACAUCCCAUCCCUGCGGGUGCUGAACCUCAGUCUUUGCAAACAGAUCACUGACUCCAGCCUGGGCAGGAUCGCCCAGUACCUCAAAAACUUGGAGGUGCUCGAACUCGGGGGUUGCAGCAACAUCACAAACACGGGCCUGUUGCUCAUUGCCUGGGGCUUGCACAGACUCAAGAGCCUUAACCUGCGCAGCUGCAGGCAUGUGUCGGAUGUGGGCAUCGGUCACCUGUCUGGCAUGACCCGCAGCGCUGCAGAGGGCUGCCUGUCCCUGGAGAAGUUAACCUUACAGGACUGCCAGAAGCUGACUGAUCUUUCUCUCAAACACGUCUCGAAGGGCCUGAACAAGCUCAAAGUGCUCAACCUCAGCUUCUGUGGAGGGAUAUCGGAUGUGGGGAUGAUCCACCUGUCACAUAUGACCCACCUGUGCAGCCUGAAUCUGCGGUCAUGCGAUAACAUCAGCGACACGGGGAUCAUGCACCUGGCUAUGGGCUCCCUGCGGCUGUCCGGACUGGAUGUGUCCUUCUGCGACAAGAUUGGAGACCAGAGCCUGGCUUACAUCGCCCAGGGGUUGUACCAGCUCAAGUCCCUCUCCCUCUGCUCCUGCCACAUCAGUGAUGAUGGCAUCAACAGGAUGGUACGCCAGAUGCACGAACUCAAGACUCUGAACAUUGGACAGUGUGUGAGGAUCACAGACAAAGGGUUGGAGUUGAUAGCUGACCACCUGACCCAGCUGACGGGGAUUGAUCUGUAUGGGUGUACUAAGAUCACCAAGAGGGGUCUGGAGAGGAUAACGCAGCUCCCGUGCCUUAAAGUGUUAAACCUUGGACUGUGGCAGAUGACGGAGAGCGAGAGAGUCAGGUGAAAGCUCUCCUGUUCAGUGUGUAUAGUUCUCAGCUGUGUGCUGAGAGGGACUGCCUGUAUCCAUUCUUAAUUUUACCUUCUAUACUGUGACUAAAAACCAGGAGAGGGACUCGGCAUCGAUCACUGGAAUAUUGUUCAUCUCCGCUGCAAUACUCCACUAAAAUUCAGUUUCAGUCUCGUGCUCUCUCUUGAUGUGCAUUGUUUAAUCUCAGCCUGUGUACAGUUCUUACUAUCUAGCUACCUCACCCAUCAAACACAGGAGUGCCUACUAUCACUGAAUACUAGAUUACUUUGCAUAUUUUUGUGACUCACGUACCAAUGGAGAUUUUGAUAUUUUUAAAAACGAAUCUAAUUCAGAUAAUAGUUAGGCAUUUUAACUCUUAACAGAAAGGCUGGAGUACCUUGUAUUGAAGUUUUGAUAGAAUGUUUUUUUUUUUUCUUGGCUGAUGUAUUUUUUACUUAUGUAACCAAUAUUUUUUGUAUUGAAUGACUGUUGUUGACAAAAUUGUACUUCAAAUUGAAGUGGGCGGAUCACUCCUGUCUGUCUUUGUUUACCUAUGUAUAGUUGGCUAAGUUUCAUAUUCCUGAGGAAACGAGUGCGUACCAGAUGUUGCCGUAUGCUACUCUGGUCGAAGGUUCAUCAACACAACUACAGUGAGGCGUAGUAAUUAACCGCUGCCAAGGCUAUAUGCAAUACCUUAAAACUGUUAAUCAGUGGUUUUUCUCCUGAGGAGCUUCCAACAAUAGUGUCAGAGUAUUUGUUUAAAAAAGCAGUAAUUUAAGAUUGUUUUAUAUUCAUACAGUAGUGAUAUUUAUGAAUAAAGAUGGCCAAUAUGUUUCAGUUUGUGUGUUUGACUCAUAGCAUUUUUUACAGUUAGACCAACUUUGGGUUGAUUAAUGAUUAUGACCAUAGAUCUUUAAAGGUGCAAUAUGUGGUUUCUGGGAAGAUGUUUUUAAUCGGUCCUCAAAGGAAAACACAAUUUUAUACUGUUAUACUUAGUUUGUAUUAGAAGGAACCUUCUAAGUA